GUAUACAUUAAUUCCUAUACCUUCGAUCUUGAACGUUUAUUAUUGAACAUCAGCUAUUACCACCUGCGUCGAUCGAUCAACUGUGUAAAAGUGAAGUGCCACCGCGUAUAAAUCACCGAUAAAUUGUUUUUUUUUUUUUUUAAUUUUCUCACUGACGUUAAUAUUGUUUAAGGUAGGUUUAUUCAGGGUAUAGUUUUACUUCCGACUUCGAUCGAAAGCCGUAUACAUGCAUCAUAUCGCACAUUGACUACGUUACAAGGAGUUCACUUUGGACGGAUUCCAGUUCGCACGUAAUUCAACAUGAGAAACUCGUUGUCGAACCACACGCUGUAUCAAACGUUGUGCAGGAAGAAAACGUUCACUGAAGAUGUCGAACCGGGAAAAGAAAAGUUGAAACGAGUGUUAAAUAUAUUUGACUUGACCGCUCUGGGAAUUGGUGCCACUUUAGGAUGUGGCGUAUAUGUGUUGGCUGGAACGGUGGCCAAAUCCAUCGCUGGACCAGCGGUCGUACUGUCUUUCAUCGUGGCAGCGAUCGUCUCAUCGUUUUCCGGAGUUUGUUACGCUGAAUUCGCUGGUCGUGUACCCAAAGCUGGAUCUGCAUAUAUUUACAGUUACGUGACUGUUGGAGAGUUUAUUGCGUUUUUUAUCGGUUGGACUUUGUACAUUGAGCACACUAUUGGUACAGCUUCCGUCGCCAAAGCAAUGACUAAUUAUUUAGAUGCUUUACUCGGAGAUCCUCAAAAGAGAUAUUUUAAAAAACAUUUUCCAAUGCAUGUGGAUUUUUUGGGCGAAUAUCCAGAUUUCGCAUCGUUCUUUUUCGUCAUGUUUAUUGCGUUAAUUGUGGCUUGGGGUGUCAAGAAAUCUUCAACCCUCAAUAAAGCGUUUACCUUGUUGAACUUGUUGACAUUGGGUACAGUAGUCGUUAGUGGCUUUUUUCUAGGUAAACUGUCCAAUUGGUUCAUUCCGAAAAGUGAAAUUCCACCGGGAGUGGAUGGCGGCGACGGAGGAUUUUCACCAUUCGGUUGGAACGGAAUAAUCGCAGGCGCCGCUAGAUGCUUUUACGGGUUUAUUGGAUUCGAUUCCAUCGCUACUACAGGUGAAGAGACCAAAGAUCCGAAAAGAACCAUUCCUCUAGCGAUCAUAUUAUCGUUGUUCUUCGUCACGUUGGCAUAUUCUAGCGUAGCGUCGGUGUUAACUUUGAUGUGGCCGUAUUACGAUCAAGACCCGGACGCACCUCUGCCCGUCAUAUACGAGAACAUGGGAAUGCCAAUCAUCAAAUAUAUGGUUACUUGCGGUGCGGUAUUCGCUCUUAUGACGACCUUAUUAGGAUGUUUAUUUCCUAUACCGAGAAUCUUAUACGCCAUGUCCAGUGACGGUCUUUUGUUCAAGUGCUUAUCGACAAUCAACGAAAAAACAAAGACUCCCGUUUUGGCGACAAUGAUUUGCGGAAUUGGCACUGGUAUAAAAACAACAAUUCAGUCAGUCAGGACUUGGACAACUCCGAAGUCCAUAUAAUUUACAAGUGGUGGAAUGCAUCGAACACAGGACUGACCAACACGGAUUCUCAAUACGUGUCGAGAGUGCUUAUACUCACUUACACAUUUGCCGCGUUUGUGUUUUGCAUUUGUAUGACGAACGUUCACUAUUUCGAAGGGUCUUUGCAGUUAUCGUUGACUAUCAUAAUUGGAAUUUCAGUUGCAACCUUAUUGAUUUCCCUGUUGAUGUUAUGUAGACUUCCACAAGCCGUCGAAAAUCUGUCGUUUAGGGUACCUUUUGUUCCUCUAGUGCCAUGUUUGAGUAUACUACUUAAUUUAUACUUAAUGAUGGAGCUAAAUAUCAAAACUUGGAUGAGAUUUGGUGUAGGGAUUGUAGUAGGAUUAUUGAUUUACGUGUUCUACGGAGUUCACAAUAGUUUAGAAGGUUUUAAACAACAAGCAAUUAAAGACAAAGAACACAAACAAGAUCCGAAAAUCUCUAACUAAUUCGCUGCACGAUAAAAUACAUGCAAUAAAAUAUUUGCAUUUAUAAUAUUAUAAUAGCUGAUAAUUUCAUAUUCUUAUAAUAUUAUAAUAUACAACCAUUUACAGUAUUAUAUCUGAAAAUUGUGGCGCAAUUUUUUAUUUUUAUGAAUUACUAUAAUUACAAAACUUUGUUAAAAUGUCGCGUGUGGGUAUAACUAUUAUUAUUUUCUGUCACGGCUAGUUUGUAAUAUUCAUUCCAUAAUUUAAAUGUGCCUAUUAUUAUAAUGAUUAUUUGCCAAUAUUAAAUUCAUAUUAUUGUA